AUGCGAGAGUGGAAGGGACAGAAACACGAGACUGGAGCAGCGGUGGAGUACUGCAGCUCAAACACGACUGUCAGGAACGAAGGAUGGAGAUGCGCGAGGUCGGCCAAGGAAGGUGGUCGCGAGAAAGAGAGAGGUCAAGCACCAGGCCUGCAAGGAAUUGCUCGCUGUUUAAAGAGGCGGUACAAGAAAAAGAGGGCGGAUGAGAGAAGGGGCGGUGUCAGUCAAGCGCAGGGGAUCAUGGCCAUCGUCAUGGCACAAAGUCAAGAGAGGCGGUGGGGUGGGGUCGGGCGACGCGGUCGGGGCUAUCACGACCUUAUGGGGGGCCGAUCGACUGAGGCCAGCUGCAUUCGCGCCCUCAGGGUCAGCGAUCCGACCGUGGCGGGCGUCUCAGUGCCGGUUUGGGGCUGGCCAUUGCGGUCAAGCUGCGGCGCUGAAACACGGGGUCGGGGCUCGUUGAUGUCAUGA